CUGUUCUUAUCUGUUCAAUAUUAUUUCAUGCACAGCCUUUGGUCCUGAUAAAAGUAGUGUCAGUGGAGGGCACACAUUAAACAUUUACUUGAUGCUUAGUAUGAGUGAGUCCAUUGGCUGCACCAACGUUAUACUUGCAACAUCUGCUUUCAUAUAUUAGGCACAAAGCGUGUAAGGAAGUCAGGACUUCUAGAUACCACGAUGGCAAGGCUGAAUUCAAGGUCUCAACUGGUUGCUGGAGUUGCCUUUUGGUUCUCUUUGUGGCAUUGUGCCGAAAGUGGGAAGCUGUUGGUGUUGCCUCAAGAUGGAAGUCACUGGCUGAGCAUGCAAAUAGCAGUAGAGAAGCUUGCGCAAAAAGGACAUGAGGUUGUGGUUGUGAUGCCAGAAAACACUUUGGUCAUGCAAACGUCUUCUGAGCAUUUCACUGUAAGAACACAUUCCGUGCCUUACACCCAGGAGCAGUUGGACGAAUUUUACAGGGCAAUAGGUGAGAAUAUUUUUAAUAAUGCUCACCUCCUGGAGAAGGUUGUUCAAUUCUAUAGAAAUGUAUCUCGUGGUGUUUCCAUGUAUGUUUCUGCUUGUCGGCAUCUUUUAUAUGACAAAGAACUCAUCCAGUUCCUCCAGCAGAGCGACUUUGAUGCUGUGUUUUCUGAUCCUGUGCUGCCUUGCGCUCCAAUCCUUGCUGAAUAUCUUUCCUUGCCUAGAGUCUACUUCUUACGUGGACUUCCAUGUCAUUUGGACUUCCAAGCUGCUCAGUGCCCAAGCCCCAUUUCUUACAUCCCAGAGGGUUUUACAACUUACUCGGAUCAUAUGACAUUUACUGAGCGUGUGAAGAAUGUUUUAAUGGCUCAGUUCAGUUCUUUAGUUUGCUACUUAUUUUAUGAAAAAUAUGAACAGCUUGCUACUGAGUUUCUGCAGAGGAAGAUUACAGCCUUGGAACUUUUUAGUAAAACAUCCCUUUGGUUGCUGAGGUAUGACUUUGCAUUUGAUUACCCCAGACCUGUGAUGCCCAACAUGGUCUUUAUUGGAGGGAUUAAUUGUGCCCUGAAGAAGCCAUUAUCCAAGGUUUGUAACACUUUAUCAUGACAUUUGUAGUUAUUUUGUUAGUGUUACGCCCUCUGUCUUUCUGUAUGUCAGCUAU